UUUUCGUACGAAUUAAAUGUCUGCGUGUAAUUUGUCGCGUUUCCACGCGUCGACGGCCGAUUUCUGUCCCGUGUCCUCUCGUGCUGAUAAUGGAGACGCAAAUUUACAAACGCAGCCGUCGAGAUUGUUUCGCGUAGCAAGUGUGUUAAUAACAAGGACGGAGAAACAUGUUGCGAAAACAGACUGCACCGAGCGGACGCCAUUUUUUUCGAAAACGAUUUAAAUGUAGAAUAUCGGUGCGGAAAAUUGUGUGAAAUGGGACACGCACGAAGUACCUGCGACACUGUCGAGCAAACCGACGGAUAUCAUUUAAGUGACGAAAAGAGAUACUUGACACAAUAUGCCGCCAGAUAGACCAGAUGCAUCCGAAGUAGAAACUGAAAUUGGACUGAACAGUACUCAGGUCUUCAGUUUUGGGGAAACGGUGUACACGAUGAAAGAAAAAGAAAACACAAGUGCUUUCGUCGAGACAAAUUCGACCGACGAGCUUCAUGGGGAAAUUUCAAUGUCGGAAAAGUCCAUAGAAAAGAACAGUCAGUUAGACGAUGAUUUGACUUCAUUGAGUUGGCUCCAUCAACAAAAUCUGUUGAAGGAUUUGGAUAUUUCGAAUCCCUCGAAAGAUAUGAAAAACAAAAACGUAUUAAACAACAACAUUUGCGACGACAUGGCAGACUUUUCUGAAAACACUAAUUCGAUUUCGAGUUUGGAUGAUGGUUAUUGUCCAGAUAAUAAUGGCAAGAUAAAUAACUCAACGUCACACGAACAUAGUCAGAGCUUUCAGCACUCCAACAAAACUGGUCAAAAGACAAUGCAAAUCUUUCAAGAGUCGGUAAAAAAUCACUACAAUUCCUCACAAAAUAAUCAAACGAAGAUAUCUCUGAGCAACAAUAAUCUGCCAGUUUCGAAUCGCAACAAACAUCCAACACAUAUACCGUAUGAUCCUCAUUUACACAGGAACAGUAAACCACCAUAUUCAUUUUCCUGUUUAAUUUUCAUGGCUAUUGAAGAUAGCCCUGUAAAAGCUCUGCCAGUCAAGGAGGUGUACGCCUGGAUUUUGGACCACUUUCCAUAUUUUAGGAACGCACCCACCGGAUGGAAGAACUCUGUUAGACAUAACCUAAGCUUGAAUAAGUGCUUUCGUAAAGUGGAAAAAGCUCCAAAUUUGGGCAAAGGUUCGUUAUGGAUGGUAGAUGCACAAUAUCGUCCGAAUUUAAUACAAGCAUUGUCUCGUGCUCCAUUUCCACCUCCCACUGCUCAAACUUUGUCUUCCCCAGAAAAACCGCAGAGAAAGAACACGAGCACGCGCCUUCCAGAUCCUAUCCUCUUCCCAUACCUUUCCAAAAGACUGGCAUCGAGCAACAUUACCGAUAACACAGAAACUGAAGUAGACAGCGACGUAGAUGCAGCUGCCGCUGCUAUGCUUUCUUUCAAACACGGUCCUAUUAUUUUAAAUCAUAAUAAAGAUCGUAAACGAAAAUUAGUGGAGUCUGAAAAGUUGGUUCCAGUAAUCACUAGAAGCUCCAGCGAGGACCACACGUACAGCUGCAUUACCUCAAUAAAACAAGAGAGCAAAUAUUCCUGCGAAGAAACGAACCCCGACUUCGACGAGCAACGGAAAAUAGCGGAGGGUGCGGACGCUCUUUUGAAUUUGGCGGGUGUUACCACGGCGGUUAGUCACAGUAGAAUAUCUCAUGUACAGGGUGUCAAUCCGGUACCAAAGUCUGAGAGCACGUCGAAGCCGAAGAAACGCUCGGUUCCGAACGAUUACUCGAAUCCGCCUGAAAAGAGACGUAAACAUUGGCCAAAGUGGAGCGAGGGAAAGCGGUAUUUAAAGCAGAUUAUAUAAAAGUUUCUGUCGCGCGUGCGCGCAACUGAAUCGCGCGCCACCCAUGUAUCCUUACCACGCAUCGAGCGCAAAAAAAAAAAAAAAAGAGAAAAACGAAAAGAAACAUUUCGAAAUUAUAUUUUCAAUAUCGAUUGUCGGGACAGAACGGACAUUUAAUCUUACAUCGCUGACAAUGAAUCAAUCGUCUUUCGAAUACGACUAAUAAUAGCAAAGAAUUUGCAUCGAAGUUAUAUUGCCAGUUUUUUAGGCAUGUAAGGGCGAAGAAAAAAAUGAGUGAGAGAAUUGAACGGCGAUCCGCGUCGCGUCGCAUUCGAAGGGAAGGCUCUGUCGGCAGGUGCAUUUCUAUUUAAAGUAUAAUUAAAAAGGAAGAAGAAAAAAAUGGAAAAAAAAAAAGAAGAACGAAGUGAAAACGAGAAAUGAAAAUAUUAUUGGCGAACGCUCAGGGUUUAGAACUCGCUAUAUGCCAAAAUAAAUUCAGUAGCACUAAGCAACAAGCAAUAAUAGAAGGGUAGUGUUUAAAAAAGUUACUUUUCUCAACAUGUUACUAAGACAUGAUACAAACUAAGCGGUUCAUGGAAAUGUCAAUGAAGUAAAAAGCAAAAAAAAAAAAAAAGAAUCACUAUCGCGUACUAAAUAACGAUGAACUUUUUAGACCUGUUGUGACGAUUAUACAUAUUAAUUCAUAGAGAGUUUAAUUAAUGAUAAUAGAGUUCUAUAUAUUAGGUUUUUGUAGAUAUGUAUAGAGAUAUAAUUGAUAUCUAUUCGAUAGAGAAAUUGAUAAUAUAUUUAAAAAAAAAAAAAGAUUAUAUAUAUACAUAUAUAUAUGUGUACACAUAUAUAUAUAUAUAUACACACACCAUACACACGUUCAUGUUACGUGCUCAUUCAUCACGCUCGGAAUACAUCUGGUCAUGUACACGGCUGUAUGUGUGCGUAAAAUCGUUCCGCGAGAACUAUCAGUAACGGGGAGAAAGAAAUACGGAAAGUCCAGUUACGCUGAGCAUGGAUUUGAAAUGAGGGAGAUCUUAUCAUUUCAUGCCUUUUUCUACUAUCUUCGUGGCUUUUGAGAUGAUUUUGAACAGUGCUGUAUAUAUGUAGAUCCUACAAUGUAUGCAUAGACCAGUUGCAAAAUUUUGUUAACGGAUCAAUAUAUAUAUCAUAUAUUGAUAAUAUUGAGCGUAUGGUAUAAGAACAAGAGGUCAUCCUAUUUUUAUAAAAAAAUAAAAUAAAAAAAUAAAUAUAUUCAUAAUAUUAAGAGCAUUGUGAAUACCUGAUAAGUAAACGAGUUGUAUAUGUGGUGAAAAAGCGGAUAUCGAUGAGGAAACUGGUCUUGUGUACAUUAACACGUAGUUCUAUAUAGAGAGAACGUAUAUUUUUACAGGGCACUGCCCGCGUGAUAAAAGCUCUUCCUAAUAAUUCGCUAAAAAAACACAGUUCAUUAGCUUAAACCACUUACUAAUUGUAAUCAUAGUAACUUGCGUGACACUACAAAAAAAACACGAGCAUGGUAGCGCAGCCUGAAACAGUUUCAUGUGUUUAUGAUUACACGCCAUAUAAUUGUAAAAUUUCCGUGAAAGAGACGUUUAAUCGUUCGAUUCGUUUUUUUUUUUUUAAUAGCGAAAUGCAUAUAGUGAAGGGGUACUCAGCUCGGUGAGGACUUGGUUACCAAUUUAAAAUUACAAAAUUUUAAAUCGGACACACGUUUCUAGUCUUACGACUAUAUGUAUAAACGUAAAAAGAAAACGAGAAAAAAAAAGUAAAUAAUGAAGUAAUAUCACUUGUUAGGUCGAUAAUGAUAUUUAAGCGUCACAGUUGCAAAUAAUGAUGAAUUGUUACCUGUAAUAUAUGUUACUGCUGGCUCAGAUAUAUUCAGACGCAAGACUCAUGAUUAUUGCUUUCACAAAGGUGCAAUUUAGUUUAACUUAUUGAUAAUGACAUCGUUUAUUUCUCUAAUGUUUAAUGUCUGGUUGCUUUGGAACAUUUUUUAAAUUACACCUGGUAAUAAAUUUAAUUAAGUCACCGACCGCGAUCAUUUUGUCUGCGAAGCAACGGGAAAAUUAUAAAUAAUAUAACAAAAUUCUGAUGUGUUAUUAAUGUAAAGAAAAAAAGAAGAAGAAUUAUACUUAAUUUAGCAUAACCGAGAAGUUCGAAAAAGUACGAUAAAUUGAAUGGACAUAUUGACGGGGACGCGCUGCCAAAACUUUUUAUGUGAUUGUAGCUAAUCGGCUACAGAGAAAGAUCCAAGAUAAGGGUGCAAGGAAGAAUGCCAUGUUAUAUACGAUCGAGGAACCUAAAUUUUUGAGAGAAAUGUACAUUUUUUAUGUAACGUAAAAUUUAUCCUAUUUAGAUGCACGUGCCCCGAGGGCUGGGCACACUUUUCGAAAUUUGUAUACACACAAGCAAGACCAGUUUUUGUAGACUUUACGUUUUCUAUUGUCUGUGAUAUUAUUGCAAAACUAAACACGCCUUGUUGUUGUUGUUAUACUUUGGUGAAACGAAAAUUUUUAGAGCUUUAUAAGUUUUUAUUGUUUAGAGAGAAAAAAAGAGGUGUUUGAAUCACACUUUCUGAUAUUAUUAAUUGGCAUUCUUGCUGACAACCUUAACAUUCUAAUCUAGAUAGGGAAACUGGCAUCUUCAAAUUAGUAGUGUUAUAUACAUAUAUGUAUAUAUAUAUGUGUGUGUGUGUAUAAUACAUAUAUAUAUGUAUACAUACAUAAAAAGAAAUAUAUAUACGCAUAUAUAUGUAUAUAUAUAUAUGUAUAUAUCUAUAAUUAUAUUAUAUACUGAAAGUAAUAUCACAGUUUUCGCUAUUUGUUGAAAUUUUUAGUCCUAGCUUUUGUUUGCUACGACUGAAGAUCUGUUCUUCCAUGUAGUUUAUUCUAAUGUAAUCAAUUAGGGGGUGGGAUGCCAUUUAUAAUAAUAGUGAUCUAGCUAAUCGAUCGAUUACAAAGUAGAAUAAUCGAUUAGCGAGACAACGUAAAGCAAUACACCAGUAAAUCCUGACAUUGGGCAGAAUACUCUUUAGUCGGCCGGUCCUCAGGAAACAUUUGUUUACGUUACAACGUAAUAAAGCGCAGUUGCACAUUGUGAAACAUGUAUAUGAAAAUUGUACGACAGAGCAAUUGCACAAGGGAGCUCGCUCGUCGAGUAUUUUUACCAAGUAUUACCUGUAGCGACGUACGCGAUAAAAAAAACACCAUUUCUUUUAUGUGAUCUUACAUAACGCAUGAGAAAUCAUAAUCGAACGCAAUGUUAAAUAGUUCGCUCUUGUCGAUCACGGACCGGCUGGCAAAUAACAAAUAAACAA